UAGGCUAAUUAAUAAAAUGGAGUUCAUCAGGAUUUUCUCUCUCUUUUCUUUCUUCACACUGACACUCUCUCAAUCCUCCAUAUAUGAUGAAAUGUUCUAUCCAGUAGAUGAGUACAGUUUCCCUCAGUUACCUGGUUAUGAUUAUCAUGAAUUAGAACCUUAUAUUGACCAGAGGACACUCACUGUACAUCAUAAGAAACACCAUCAGGGAUACACUGUUAAGAUGAAUCAGGCACUGAAGGAUUGGAGGAAACAAGAACCUCAAAGUGAUUUAGCAAAGUCUUCCAUCAUUGACAUACUACAAAACCUUGAGAUGGUUCCUGAUAAGUGGCGUACAACUCUUCAGAAUAAUGCUGGUGGUUAUGUCAAUCACAUUUAUUACUGGGUCACAAUGUGUCCAAAACCUGGAGAAAUUUCAAAAGCUCUUUUGAAAAAGAUUAAAGCAAGCUUUCCAGCUGGGAUGUCAGAAUUUAAAGAAAGUUUUACCACUGCUAGUCUCUCUUUAUUUGGAUCAGGCUAUGUAUGGCUUGUGACAGAUGAUGAAGGAAGCAUUAGUAUAAUCUCAACAAAGAACCAGGAUUGUCCAAUCUCAUCUAAUCUCUAUCCACUCCUUGUUCUUGAUGUGUGGGAGCAUUCGUAUUACCUGAAGCAUCAAAACUUGAGGGCUGACUACAUCAGUGAUUGGUGGAAUGUGGUUUGUUGGCAAAAUGUUGAAACUUUAAGACAAUUCUGGAUCAAUAGACAAAUAAAAGACGAGCUUUAAUUAUUGUUAUUUUAAUUAUAUGAGGUAUUGUUAUUUUCAUUUACGGUAUAGCUGGUAA